CAUCACACACAAGGCCCUGAAUCGAGUAUUGUCAGCCCGCACCGUACGAUCGCUCGCGCUGUGUCAAAAUGGCUGACGAAAAGGUGAAGGGAGUUCAUCGAAGAGGAGCUUUAAGGCAGAAAAAUGUGCAUGAAGUGAAGGAUCACAAAUUCGUUCCGAGAUUCUUUAAACAGCCUACGUUUUGUAGCCACUGUAAAGAUUUUAUAUGGGGAUUCGGAAAGCAAGGAUUUCAGUGCAAAGUGUGCAGUUUCGUUGUCCACAAGCGGUGCCAUGAGUUUGUUUCAUUUACAUGCCCAGGGGCGGACGUGGGACCAGAUUCAGAUGGAAACUCACAGAAGAAGUCCACAAACGCGCACAAGUUUAAACUGCACACGUAUGGCAGUCCGACGUUCUGUGACCACUGUGGGUCCCUGCUCUACGGUCUCAUACACCAGGGACUCAAGUGUGAUGCAUGUGAUAUGAACGUCCAUAAAAGAUGUGACAAGAAUGUGCCACAGCUGUGUGGUAUGGACCACACGGAGAGGAGAGGUCGGAUUUACAUCAAGGUCAACAUGGAAGGCCAGAAGAUGGUGAUUAUGGUGAGAGAAGCAAGGAACUUAAUUCCUAUGGACCCCAAUGGCUUAGCUGAUCCAUAUGUGAAGGUCAAAGUUAUUCCAGUCGAGUCCUCUAAAGGAGGCAAGCAAAAGACCAAAACACAGAAAGCAACCCUCAACCCUGUUUGGAAUGAAUCAUUUGGCAUUGAGUUGCUACCAGAGGACCAAUCCAAAAGACUGUCAUUUGAGAUUUGGGACUGGGACAGGACCUCAAGAAAUGAUUUCAUGGGCUCAUUGUCAUUUGGCAUUUCGGAAUUGAUGAAGGAGUCUAUUGAUGGCUGGUUCAAAUUAUUGAGUCAAGAGGAGGGAGAAUUCUACGGCAUUCCUGUCACAGACGAUGUUGUCAACGACAUGCUUGAGAUUAACAAAAAAAUGGAGAAGCCAAUGAUGGAAAAAGAUGUACUUCCCCAUGUGGACAUUUCCAAAAACAUGAGCAAACAUGACACCGUACGCCAGACAGACUUCAACUUCCUUACAGUGCUAGGGAAGGGCAGUUUUGGCAAGGUAGUUUUAGCGGAGAGGAAAGGAACAGAUGAACUUUAUGCCAUAAAAAUUUUGAAGAAAGACGUCAUCAUUCAAGACGAUGAUGUGGAAUGUACAAUGAUAGAAAAACGUGUCCUCGCACUUCCAAAUAAACCGCCAUUCCUAGUACAACUACACUCCUGUUUCCAAACAAUGGAUCGUCUCUAUUUUGUAAUGGAGUAUGUGAAUGGAGGAGACUUAAUGUAUAGAAUUCAACAAGAAGGAAAAUUCAAGGAGCCCAUUGCAGUGUUCUAUGCAGCAGAAAUUGCUAUCGGACUAUUCUACUUACACAAACAAGGGAUAAUUUACAGAGAUCUUAAGCUAGACAAUGUGAUGUUAGAUGCAGAUGGACACAUAAAAAUAGCCGAUUUCGGAAUGUGCAAAGAAAAUAUAUUGGGGGAGAAAACCACUCGAACAUUCUGUGGAACACCUGAUUACAUUGCUCCAGAAAUAGUUUUAUAUCAACCUUAUGGCAAAUCUGUGGACUGGUGGGCCUACGGAGUGCUGCUAUAUGAAAUGUUAGCAGGACAGCCUCCAUUUGACGGAGAAGAUGAGGAAGAACUUUUUACAUCUAUCACAGACCACAAUGUGUCCUACCCCAAGUCUAUGUCCAAGGAGGCUGUGUCCCUCUGUAAGGCACUACUGACAAAGAACCCCUCGAAACGUCUCGGCUGUGGGGCCAACGGGGAGCGGGACAUCCAGGAUCACUCUUUCUUCAAGAGGGUUGUUUGGGACAAGAUUCAGAGUCGAAAUGUACAGCCGCCCUACAAGCCAAAGAUUCACAAUGCCAGGCAAGCGGAGCACUUCGACAAGUCUUUCACAAGUGCCAAACUGAAAAUGACGCCAACGGAUAGUGUAGUUAUCAUGAAUAUUGACGAACACCUUUUCAGGGAAUUUUCUUUUGUCAACCCAACUUUUACUCAAUUAUCUUAGACAAAAAAUAUGCAGAAAAUGUAGUUGUCAUCACAUUAGUUCUAACUUCACUGUUUUGGUCAUUGGCUCUCCAUGUACAAAAUACCUUUAAACAGUGAUUCUCUGUGUACAGUGACCCAUGUGUACUGACUACCUGUAUACUGCGACUGCCUGUGUACAGGGACUGUGAAUUAAGAAUAACUGUGACCGUGUUAUGUACAGUUGUUAUGUUAUGCUGUACACAGAAGUUACCAAGCCAUGUAGAAUGUUAAACAUUAUAAGAGCUGGUGCAUUUUAACAUAAGCCGAUUCCAAACUUUGAUAACUACUAAUAUGUAGUUAAAACUCUACGCAGUCCUACACCCUGCAUACAGUCAGAAUGUUUUUACUACCUAACUAGGAAGACAGGACCAAAUUUAAGUCCAUUUGUAAAGAGUGAAACUACUAGGUUUGACAUACUGCCAAGUAUACAGCCAGAAUGUCGAUUAUGACAGAACUAGUAUUGUCUGACGGCCUUUUGUAGAAUCAGGAAAUUUGAAACUACACAACUAGGUUUGACAUGAGUCUUCUGUCCAGUCCAUUUUGUUUACCCCGUAAUAACAUCCUGUUAUCGUACCAGAAUAGUCAAAAUUUUAAACAGAAUUAAGGUAAUUUUAUCUGUAAUCCUAUUAACCUCUGACGAGCAAAAAAUGUUUUAUGUUUGUAUGCCUUUUUGCAUAGCUUUCUCCGUCUGUAUGACUUCUACGACAACAUUCGGGGGAUUUUUUUAGCUCUUAGGGGUUUUGAAAUAAUCCUUGAAGGAAUGCUUUGAUUUUCUCAAAAAGUUUUACAGAUAUUCAUAGCAUCAAUUCCCUGCUCAAGGUCGUUUUUUGAGUUGGAUUCAAAAUUCAAUAUAACUGCCACUCGGGUUAUCUUUGUUUUCGACACUCUUUGUCUGCGACUCAUCUACUUCUUGGGAAUGCUGUUCAAAUUAGCUGUAAGAUAAAUGUAUAUGUAACUGUCGCACAGAUUGUAUAGGAGUUGUAACACAGAAGUGAAUGUAGCGUUCACAUUUUGAUGAAAAGUAAACUACAUUUAACCACAUAAAAAUCUAAAUCAUGAAACACAUUCUGAAGGUAAUUUCUAGUUAGGGAACAAAACGUCGAAAGUAAUUCAAUAUUGUAGCUAUACUAAAUAACAUUUAUAUCGACAAGUCUACAGCGGAACUACUCCGGAGUUACAGAAACCGACUGUAAUCUAUGUCAACUUUGAAUGGCGGGCUUUUCUCCGUGAAGGAUGUGCUCUGAACAGUAUCUUCUCUCAAAAGUACACAUCUAGAAUUACCUAUUCAUUUUCGGAAGAAGAGUGAAUUUGGAAGGAAAAUGAGGUAUCAAAACUAAUCUAAACUAGCGUGUAGGAUUCCCGUUAAACUUGUGUUGAAAUGAUUUUCACAGAUCCUUUAUGGAUCCGAUUAAUUAGCUAUGUGUUGACAACAAAUCUGGUUCCAGGGAAUAUCAGCAAUGUGUUGGGCUAUACAUUAUGUUUCAGCCAUUUUUAUACAAGCCAUUCUUCACCAUUUCAGCUUUCAAUUGAAUUUUCACACUUUGAGAUUUGGAAAAACUUUCUGUAAUUUUCCCCUGAUCACUUUGUCUGCUUUUAUUUUUGCUACAAAAGCCCGAAUUUGAAAGUGGACACAAAUCAAUGUUUUUCAGGAUGAGUAUUUUAAAGUGGAACCUUAUCUUGAAAGGGAGGUUUCAAGCUAUUUAUAUCUACGUAAAUACCGUGUCCAUUUUAGAGAUUGUCGAUUAAGGUUUUAAAAUAUAAAAAAAAAAUCACUCAUUUUUUUCCACAGAGAAACUUCAAUAUAAGUCUAGCUAGGUUCUGCUGUCUUGUUGUAUCUUAAUGGCCACAGUCUAGAAUCUAAACUUAAAAGUCCAUGAUAAAAAUUCAGAUAAUUUUACUUUGCAAUGUAUGUGUGACAUCAUUGGAAGAUGUGUACAUGUACACAGAUUAUAUGUGACAUCACUAGAGGAUGUGUAUGUGUACACAGAUGUGUGACAUCAUUGGAAGAUGUGUACAUGUACACAGAUGUGUGUAAUCACCAGAAGAUGUAUUCACAGAUCUGCAUGAGAUUGGUACAAAAAAAACACAUGAUAUGAAAGAUAACCAGGACGAUGGUCCUUGAACUGUAUCUGACAUUCUAGCUGUAUGCUCUGUAUAUAGGGUCAAAGGAAAGACAAACAUAUCUUUAAAUUCUUGUAUGCUUGAAAGGCAGAUUUGUAUUGAUAUUAUGAAAAAAAUCAAAUAAGAAUUGUUUGAACAUCUGUUUUUCUUUAAGCAGACUUUUUUGUGUUUUGAUUGUUUUAAUUUUUUGUAUAUAUGUGUCUUUUGUUGAAUUUAUUGGAUUUUUUUCUGAGUGUAAUUACCAAUCAAAGAAAAAUGCAGAGAAGGGGAGGGAUUAUAAUGCCUCUUUGUUAAUACUACUAUCUACUUUUUUGUUAAUACUACUAUCUACUUUUUCAUCUGUAAGUAUGUUUGGGUAAAACUGUCAAAAUGCUCAAAAUGUGUGUUUGUAUAUGAGGUUGUCUUGAAUGUACUUUGGUAGAUCCUGCCCCUAUUUAAGUAAAUAGCUCCACACAGUCACACUAGCAUGGUCUCCAACAAUGGCAGUUGUUGAUUCUUAAAUGUAGACUUGUUGUAGUCGUAUUCUUCAGCGAAACAACUGGUGACUACAACUUUUUCCACCCAGAAUCUAAAUCCUUCGAAACAGAAAAUGUUUGCCCCUGUUUGAGUGAAUUCAAUAUGGGGUGAAAAAAGAUAUGUUAAGUUUGCAGUAUUUAACGCUUAAUAUACAUGGGUAAUUUUAACACUGGGUGUCUUUAUAUUAAAUGUGAAAAAUUACCAGAGUAAAACUAUUAUAUGUUUAAACGAAAUUUUGAAGGUAGAACUGUAGAUUACUCAAUGAAGCCUACCCAAGGUUUAUUUUAACUCUUAAAUUCUAGUAAGAUUUUUCACCUUUAACAAAUGAAUAUCUGCACACGUUAACUUCAAGAAAAGUAAAUACAAUUUAAUGUAGCGGAACUAGACUGGGUUGUUCUCUGGGGACCAGGUAGCUCACUAGUUAGAGGGUCUGUCUAGGGGUUAGAGGUCCCAGGUAGAAUCCCAGUCUGGCUGUGCAUUUCCUAUCCUGGUACACAGUAUUGGGCACAUAAUAUGAGAAAUGUGAGUCUUCAGACAAAAAUUUCAGGAUUUGUGAAAUGAAAGUCUGGACCUAAAAAAAAUCUAAUUAGACAUUUUUUGGUGAAAUAUUCAACUAGAAUUUGAUACACAUAUGUGCAACAAAGCAGCAUUUGUAAUUGACCCUUUACUGCUAUGUAUUACAAAAUUGCAUUCAUUUAAUAUAAGCAAAAUCUGACAAAAGCCAUACAAAUGUAUUCUGUCUGUGUAAAAUCUACAAUUGUGAAAGCACUUCAGGAAGAUGAUUGGCUUCUGUGCUUACUAGCAGGAAAUCAGAAGUAUUGGCAAGGCUUCUUCCGGGAGUUAGAUCAAUAUGAUUUUUACAUAGACAUCAAGACAGUCAUAGAUACUUACUUCUCUCAAACAGAAGAUAAAAAAAACAUUAUUAUUUGUGUGGUGUUUAGAUUUUGAAAUAUAUUUUUUCAAGUUUUGAUGUACUUUUUUUCUUGUGGUGAAACUCACAUUUUCUAUUUUGUAUAUUAGUAUUUUAAUCAGAAAAGAAAACCGUUUUUUCUACGUGUUUCUCUGUAUGAGUUGUUUGGGAUUUUGUAAGAAGUUUAAACUUUGAUAUUAAAUGAUGACAUAUUUUUGUACCGAUCUUUUGAUAUAACAGAGAGCAAGGCUACUGUAGAGCUGUUUAACUCACCAUUGUCGACGUCAUACCAUUAGUCUACCACUACUAUUGAGAAAUGUGAAGAGAAAUGUGUUUUGUAUUUUGGAGAAUUCUAGAAGUUAAAGCUGCUUGUAUCAUUAAAACGUGACUUUUGAAUAUUUUCAUUUGUCAACGUAAUGACAAUUUACAUUAGAUUUUUUUUUUUUUUUUUUUUUUUAAAAAAAGGACCUUUUUGCACAUAAUUUUAUCAGUUGCAGAAUUUACAGAUAUAUGUAAUACAAAAUCAACUUGGUUAUAUAUUCUAUUCAUUCUGUUUCUUGAGUCUUAAAUAUUUACUUUUUCUUUUUAAAUAUUUAACUUAUUUAAUAAAAAUUCACAAAAAAAUAUCAUAAAUAGGUCUACUUUACAUUUUAAGCUUGCAACAUUAUUUCUGCUUUUGUGAAUUAUAAGUUCCAAAAUCAAUGAAUUCUACUGAACUUUCUGCACCUACAUGGAAUGUUUUUAUUAUGCAUGCCCAUUGCCUUUUCUCCUGGAUGCUUUGCACUUUUUUGUUUCAGGCUUGUGCAUGGCCUAAUAUACGCAUGUUACCUUAUAGAGUAGAGAGUUUCCUUCCUGAGGUACCCCAGGGUAAAGCAAGUCGGUUAUAAAUUCAGUUUCUUAUAGUUUCUUCACAGCAGAGGUAAGUUUUGGUAGGCUGGUAUAAACUACAUGUACUUCAUUGUGUUUGGGGGUAUUUUGGGGUGGGGUGGGUGGAAAUGGUAAGAAUAAACCAAAUUAAUUAUUUAAAAAAAAAAAAAACACUGAUAUUUGAAGAGAAUUUUAAUCAUAACUAACCUUUAAACCUGGUCAAUAUUUAACUUAAAUUCCUGUUGUGAUGUCAGAAAAAUGACCAAAAUUGCCUUAAUUCUGAAUACGAAACAACCUAAAGGACACUUGACCUUGAUAGGAACUAUAGUACAUUUGUAUCUAUAUAAAAUAGAACUUGAAGAGGAAAAAACUACAACUUAUCUGUGAUAGUAGGUAGUUUUGUAGAAAAAAAUCUUCACUAAUAUUACAAAAAUCAUCUGGAUUCAAGAUGCUGGAAUCCAAAUAGUGUGAUAUAUCAGAUUGUCUGAGAGCAUUCGGGAUUCUGACGCUUUCAAAAGACAUACUUGUAUACCUUUUGGCUCGAAGUUGUAUCUGUGAAUUCCCAAUACCUUUUGUAUGGGACUUGUAUUUUCACAGCUUUUCAAAAGGAAUAUUUAUUGCAUUGGGUGUGACAAUUGAGUUAAAUCUCCCAUGACUGAGCUUUUAGUGAUAUUUAAUUUCUGUCAGUAUUUUAUAAAAAUUAUAUGUAUACAUUAAUAACUGUAACUUGUAAUAAAAGGUCACAGAAGGUCAUUUGGUUGUAGGCCCAUCACACUGUCUAGUCAUUUGGCGAGUCUGUCUUCAGCUGAACUUAUCCUAAAAGCAACAAUAAAUUCUUUUACAAUCACUAUUAUAGGCUAGAGAAAUAUGUAUUUACGUGCACUGUACUCCAGAUUCUGUUAAAAACAAUAAACAACUCUUCGUAGCAUGCUUUUAUCCUAUACAAUAUUUUUUUUUUAGCCUUUAGCCUUUAGCCUUAUAAAAGAUAUGUUGACUUGUUUAACUCAUUCACCCCUGAAGACACUUUUGAACUCUUCCAAUUCAAAGGUUGGAAUAGUUCAUUAUGAAAUUUCAAGGGUGAAUGAGUUCAACAGAUAGAAUACAAACUAUAAAAGGCACUUUGAUACAAUAUAAGGUUACAUGUUUAGGAAAACUGUAACCAGAAAAACUUAAGCAGAAAGUCAUUUCAUAUAAGGCUUUCCAGUCAGGAUAUGUAUCGUUUAUCAUUAACCUAAAAAUUGUCAUAUUCAGAAUGACAGUUCUUAGGGUACAGUAUUAUAGAUAAUUAACUGCAUAAAGGAGCCUUAAUUGAAAGCCAGCUCUAAGUAAAUUUCUGUAAGAAAGUAACAGCCAUGACCUAGAUUUUAUCCCUUUCACCACUGUAGACCAUAAUGGACUAAUCCAUAUCAAUGCAUGGAAGAGUCUACUUAAGUUACAUAGGGGUGAACUGGUUAAAGUCAUAAGACAAAGGUCCCAUAAACUAGAAUCUCCAAGAAAAAGGGGCAGCCAUGACCUAGAACCGCAAGUCACAAGACAGCGAGGAAAUAUUACCUGGAGUCUUUCUAAACGAUAAAAAGCAUUGGCAUGACCUAGAGUCACACUUCAUAAGACGGAAGAACAAUAACCUAGAAUUGCCAUGAGAAAGAGGCUGCUAUGACCUAGAGUAUUAAGUUUUAAGACCGAGGGUCCCUAACCUAGAAUCGCUAUGAGUAAAAAAGGGGGCCAUAAUCUAAAGCACUAGGGUCUGUGACCUAGAACUGCCAUGAGAAAGAGGCUGCCAUGACCUAGAGUAUUAAGUUUUAAGACCGAGGGUCCCUAACCUAGAAUCGCUAUGAGUAAAAAAGGGGGCCAUAAUCUAAAGCACUAGGGUCUGUGACCUAGAACUGCCAUGAGAAAGAGGCUGCCAUGACCUAGAGUAUUAAGUUUUAAGACCGAGGGUCCCUAACCUAGAAUCGCUAUGAGUAAAAAAGGGGGCCAUAAUCUAAAGCACUAGGGUCUGUGACCUAGAACUGCCAUGAGAAAGAGGCUGCCAUGACCUAGAGUAUUAAGUUUUAAGACCAAGGAUUCGUAACCUAGAAUCGCUAUGAGAAAAAGGCGAGCAUAACAUAGAGGGUUAAGUGAUAAGACCAAGGGUCUGUAACCUAGAAUCACUAUGAGUAACAGGCGAGCAUAACAUAGAGGGUUAAGUGAUAAGACCGAGGGUCUGUAACCUAGAAUUGCUAUGAGAAAAAGGCGGCGAUGACCUAGAGCAUUAAGUUGUAAGACCAAGGGUCCGUUACCUAGAAAUUGCCAUGGGAAAGAGGCGGCUGUGACCUAGAGUUUUAAGACAUAAUAGAGAGGCCAUAUUGUCUAAGAGUCUCCCAGAGAUAGCCAGGCUCCAGCUAAAGGUUUAGACUGAGAUAUCCUAAAUAGCCCGUUGGAGAGACAUUGUUCAACGGAACAAACUAGCACAUGUUGCUGUAAUGACCCUUUCAGAUUCGGCCUGCUUUCCCCAGACAGUUAUCACACUAGAAUUUCAGGCAGAAUCUCUGUAAUUACUUAGCUGCUAAUAUGUGAGGGAAAUGAUGGCUCCUAAGGGUCGUAUUAAUCUGUUUCAUGUUAGGGGCUCAACGACUCCCUUUGCUCCACAUGUGGAUUAUCUUGCCCCACAUACGGUGAAGGAGGAAGCAAUGGUAGCAGUGCAGUCCCUAAGCUUGUUCUAGGAGGGGAGUCUAUAGGGAAAGUAAUAAUAGGUAUAGUUUCUUGGGAAAUGCCAUGAUAGCAGGCAAUCUUACUUUAAUACGACCCGAUGAUUUAGGGUAUAAAGAUAAAUAGGUUUAUCCUGAUUUAGCCCACACUGUCAGCAGGAGAGCUAGAAAAGGGAGUUCAAAGGUCAUAUGUAGGUUAGUCUUCGACACCAACACAGUGUGUCGUGGUGCUGUGAUGUAAAUGAUGAUUUAUCGGACAGGCAGAGAUACGGCGCUGGGAAUUCUAUGAUUUAUAGGCAAAAUAGAAAGUUUACCAUAAAUCUUGUGCUGUUAAUCAUUAAUGAUACGAUUUUGUAUAUUUGACCUCCCCCGAGACGUCAUAUUAGUUGGUUUUUUUUUGAUGAAUUAACCAAUAUUUUAUUGAUAUACUAGGCUUGUUAGAUCAGAUUUAGAUGUAGGUCAAGUCGACAAAUCAAAUAAGUUCCCCUUAGCUCCCCUAAACUAAUAGAAUAUAAACACAAUCACAACAAUGCUUCUUAUUUGAGUAGAUCUGCAUAAAUGUGGCAGUGCUUUCAUGCAUCAUUUUAGCAGAGGAAGGAAUGAUAGUGCCUUAUACAAUUGCUUGCAUGAAGAUCAAGCUCUAGUUUCCUCUCAGCACUUCAAAAAGAAGCUGGUGCCUUCUGAAAAUUAUCUAAUAGAUAGUCUUAGAUACAUGUUUAUUCAAUACAAUCUCUGUAAGGUGCCUUUAUUAGAUAGUCUUAGAUACAUGUUUAUUCAAUACAAUCUCUGUAAGGUGCCUUUAUUAGAUAUCACAUCCAGUAUGUGUUCACAUGGGGGUGAAACUCUCGAAUGUGGAGCGGCAAACCACAAUGGAGGGGGUCUACACAUUGUCAGACACAUUGUCAACAGCAAACCCCAGUUUAGUUUGUGUACGCACGGGGUAUAGAACAAACAAGGAACAGCCAACCCGAGUUUAGUUACUUAACACAGGGGCAGAACUCUCAUACAUGGCACAGCAAACUUCAGUUUAGUUAGUGUAUACAGGGGAAGAACACUUGAACAUCGAAAAACGGAACAGCAAAACUUCAGUGUAGUCAGUCUACACUUGGGGAGGGGGAGGGGGAUGGAAUAGCUAAACCUUGAUAUAAUUAGUAUACAAAGGGGUGGAACAAUGGAAAAUGGAACAGCAAAACUUCAGUGUAGUCAGUGUACACUUGGGGAGGGGGAUGGAUUAGCUAAACCUUGAUUUAAUCAAUAUACAUAGGGGUGG